UGGACAGCCACAAGAAGAUAUAUAAGAAAAGCUCUCAUAUAUCAAACUUCAUUAUAUAUUAGUAGUAGUAGUAGAUGUAGAUAGAGAUGUUACAAGAAGUUGUGAGAUUCAUCAUUAGGCAUUACAUUAUAAAGUACUGCAAAAGCCUAAUUCGUGAAAUCUCUAUACGUACAAUAUUCAUAAGUAUACAUUUUAGUUCCCUCUGCUAUGCUUAGCCAAAAAAGCAGAGGUUUUAUCAUCAUCGUCGUCGUCAUUAUUACGAUGACUAAUGAAGAAGAAGAAGAAAAAAAAGACUCCGUUAUGCAUAGUAAAGUUAGCCAAAAUUUGAUCCACGUCAUAUGACGAUCAGAGCCACAGAGCGCCAGCCCGUUUGAGCAUGGCAGACAAAGAACCAUUGAGAUGGAGGGUCAUGAUCUCAUUGGCGCCACCAACAAGGUUCCCGCCGAUGAACACAACAGGAAAGUCACCGGCACCACCGUGUCGAGCCAAGGCCUGCUCGAUCUCCCGGCCACCGGGGACCUGGUCGAGCUCGUAGACGGUGGGGUUGACACCAAAGUCGAAGAACAAGGUUUUGAUGGUGUGGCACAUGCAGCACGUGCUCUUGCUGAACACCACCACCGGCCUCUCCGCCGCCAGUUGGAAAACUCGAUCCAUUUCGGCCUUAUAGAAUACGUGUGAGUAAUGGGUUGAGAAGAAUGAACAGUGGAUGUUUGUAA